AAUGGCGGACGAUUGGAAAGUCAAGACGAAGUUUUGGAUUAACGACGUUAAAGCCCCCAUUUCUUGCAGAAUUGAAGCUGUACCUUCAAAGAAAGGCAAAGAUCUAGUAUUUCUAUCCAGUGGCGAUACGUUCGUUUACCUCUUUGAAAGCAGUAGGAUUUUGAAUAUAUUUUCAUUUCCUGGCUGUGUAAGAUAUUUUUUGGUAGAURGUCAAUAUUGUUUAGCAAUUACCGAAGAUGGAAAGGUCUGGCGUGUCCCCUUCAGUAGACAUAAAGUGAAAGCAUCAUCAAAACCUAAUUUUACUCAGAAUUCCAACUCUGAUUUACCAACCAAUCAAGUCAUAUUCUCUGAUCUUCUUUCAAAUGAUACAAAGCAACAACAUGCUGAAGACAAACCAUCUGUUCAUGUUACGGAAAUAACAGCAAAUAAUGCCAUUCUCUGCGAACCAAAUGUCAGUGUUAUUUUWCCUUACAAAGGCUUUCUCAUCACCGUGGCAACCAGUGAACAGGAAAGCWGUGUGUCUUUUUAUGAACAGUGCACUCAGCUAUCAUAUAACCCAGUCCCAACUCAUAGGAAGUUUUUGGAAGAUGCAGGAGGCUCAUUUUCCUUCYCAGCAUGCCUACUUGUCAUACGUGAAAAUGGYAACUCUGGAGACAAUAUUUURCAAAGGGCAAUCUUUGAUGCCUUAAAGCCAAAAGGAUCASAAGAUGAUGCUGUAUUAUUAUUAGGAAGUSUGGAAGGACGUGUUUGGUCUUUGAGCACCAGUCCACUUAUAAUGRAAAAUUCACCAGAACUUGUUUGGGAUUUAGAGGAACCCAUUUGUUAUCURUCUCUAACUACACUUAGUGCUGAUAGCAAGUCAGACAAUCUUAGUAAUGCUGUCAUAGUUAUCAGUAGAAGAGGAAAAUGUGUCAUUUUUUAUURUCAUCAUACCGAAUUCACACAUUCUGAGCAUAACUUGUCAGGGCCAAUCAUCUGUUGUUUGAAUUACCURAAUUACAUCUUCUAUUCCAAUGGCAAAGAACUCUGUAUGGCAAAACKUUCAUUGGUCAAGGAUGGUGACAGUAGUAACGUCGUUCUUCUGACAACAUACUUCAACAUUGCUAAUAUUGCUGCAAUGUGCCCUCUCAAAUUAUCAAGCAGCACUCCUGAUAGGUGUUACUUAGAAAUGCUAACAUUAAAUGGCAAAGUGAUGGACGUCUCCCUUCCUUAUGAUGAUGCUAAAGCUAUCUCUUCCUUACAAUCCAAACAAGGAAAUCAUCUGAAAGACUUGCUAUUCAGUAUUGAAAACAUUGCCAUGCAAAGUAAGACUCUACGAGAAGACUUGGACAUUGUAGAAAAGGUCCUAAAACAGCUCAACCAAGAUAUUACACUUCUCUUUAAUCUUAACUCGUCUUUAAAGCCAUCAGAAUUUCUUAAAUGGACAGUUUCUCCAGGUUAUGCCGCAAGCACAGAUAGCUAUCAUAUAACGUUGAAACUUCAAAACCUCACAAGGAUUUUGAUACGAGACAAYUGGWCGUUUCUCAUUCAAAUKAGAGGSCUUUCAUCUGAAAAKGAUUUUUCUUCAAGAAGGGUAAYCUCACAUUCACUGAACAUCGGAAACCUAGCUUAUGGGAUUACAAAGGAGUUCUGUGUGUCUUUACYAAGUAACUAURACUUAAMAACGUGUUUGGCUGUUGAAGCCCAUGUUUGCUAUAAUCUCAAGWCAUUGCUAUGUAAAUUGCCAAAAUGUUUGCAACAUGUGACAGACUGUGUCUUGGUGUCUCUGGGACACACCARCAUUGAUAUACUACAUUUUGUGGCAUCUCUCUGUAAAGUUGGAGAUAGUGGUUUUGAUAUGUCGAUACGGCGGUCCCAACUUGAUGAACUUGAAUCAUUUUGUCAGAUUGCAAGUGGUAGCGGCCAAACCGGCUUGAGUGUGACAGWGUCCUCACUAAAAACAAUACGAUUUCCUAUCGCUAAAGACGUAUUCAUGUCCAUCCGCAAGCCAAUCAAACCAGCUUUAAUACUAACAAACCACGACUUACAGUUUUUGUAUGAUAUGAUGAGUUAUACAGACGAUGUUUUGGAGGUCAGCCGAGAAGGCAGUGAAACAAGUCAACGGCAACACGACUUGGACGGACGUUCUGUUAAUAUCCGUUUGGAAUCGGCCUCUAGAGAAAUGGUCAUUGUGUUAGAAGCACCGUCUGGGCUCGAGCUGUAUGCACUUGUAGAGGCAUUUGCAAGUAGAGUAAUGGUGCUAAUUUCCCAUUGCUGUUCUUCUGAUAAGCUUGAUAGUGCACAACUGAGAGAAACGCUACAACAUCUUGAGGAAGUGAAAUCACAGAUCGUCCAUAAAAAACACGUUGAUCGUUAAUUACAAUAAARUCUUUGGUGAUAUAUUA